GAAGAAGAAGAAGUUCAGUGCACAGAAGCUUCUACAGUAAAUAACUUACGUUGUACAUUGAUAAAUAAGAAGACAUGCUUUCCGUCCUCACAUUGCUAUUGAUCUUAUUCAGUCUAAAUGAGGCCAAACAGAAAGAUUUGUACACUUUCAAAGUUGUUAAUAGCAGAGGGAGAUUAGUCUCUUUGGAAAAAUACAGGGGUUCGGUGUCUCUUGUGGUGAAUGUGGCCAGUGACUGUGGCUUCACUGAGGAUCACUACACAGACCUUCAACAGCUGCAGAGGGACUUUGGGCCGUCCCACUUUAACAUCCUGGCCUUCCCCUGCAACCAGUUUGGCCAGCAGGAGCCUGGCAGCGACAAGGACAUUGACGCCUUUGUCCGGCGUGUCUACGGAGUCUCCUUCCCCCUCUUCAGCAAGAUUGCUGUGGUGGGCACCGGGGCCAACAAUGCCUUCAAGUACCUUGUGGAGAUGUCAGGAAAAGAGCCCGACUGGAACUUCUGGAAGUACCUCAUCGAUACAGAUGGGAAAGUCGUGGAUGCCUGGGGACCCAGUGUCUCUGUCAAAGAACUCCGACCUAAAAUAGCUGAAAUGGUACGGAAUAUCAUCCUCAAGAAGAAAGAGGAACUUUAACUCAACACCUCAAGACCCAUCUGACAAUCUAUUCAGGAAUAUCCUAUGUGAUUGAAAUCCACUGUCUGCAACAAAAACACCCCGAGCAUCAUAAAAAUACGCACCAAGCACCACACACUCCAAGCACCACACACUCCAAGCACCACACACUCCAAGCACCACACACUACAUACGGUAAAUGUUGUAUUCUACAGAUGUAAGAUCUUAAUUUGAGCUAGAUUGCUAGAUCAGGAAAAUAAUCCUGCAGCAAUAGAAAAUGUGAAUUAUUAUGUGGAUUAUAAUAAAUGGGCAUUUUUGUAGGUGUUGAUACAUUUUUAGGGAAAAUCAAUUCUGGAAUUUCAAAAUGUGAAAUUACAAGCUUCAGAAGCCUUUUUAAACCUCAAAUACACUAAAUCAAAUUAAGUGAUCAAAUUAAGAUCCUGUAUCUGUGCCCCUAUUAACUUUUAUGAAACCACCUCUACGACUGCAUUCAGCAUACUGAUAUCCUCUUUUGGAAGCAGUUGAUCUGCCUGCGAAAAACUCUCAUCAGUAAUCAGAGCUUAUUGUUGUGCUGUUGCCAGGUUCUUUGUAUUGGAUUGCCUUUUCAUGGUACAUGUGUGCACAUUAAUAAAUAUACUUUUACAAAGUGG